AUGACCCUGUCUGGAGGCGGCAGCGCCGGGGACAUGUCUGGACCCACGGUGCUGACGGCGGAAGAUGUGGACAUCGACGUGGUGGGUGAGGGCGACGAGGGCUUGGGCAAGGACAGCGACACCGAGAGCCGCCUGAGCCCGGAGCGGGGGGGCGAGCAGGAGGAGCCGGGGGACGGUGCCAGCGCCCCCGAGGGUGAGGCGGGGGAGAGCGUGGGGGCCGGGGUCGGGGUUGGGGUUGGGACCACGGGAAUUGGCCCCAACAAAGCCAAGUCGAGCCUGGUCAAGCCGCCUUACUCCUACAUCGCCCUGAUCACCAUGGCCAUCCUGCAGAGCCCCCAGAAGAAGCUGACCCUCAGCGGGAUCUGCGAGUUCAUCAGCAACCGGUUCCCUUACUACCGGGAGAAGUUCCCCGCCUGGCAGAACUCCAUCAGGCACAACCUCUCCCUCAACGACUGCUUCGUCAAGAUCCCCCGGGAGCCGGGCAACCCCGGCAAAGGCAACUACUGGACCCUGGACCCGCAGUCGGAGGACAUGUUCGACAACGGGAGCUUCUUGAGGCGAAGGAAACGGUUCAAGAGACAACCCGCCGACCCGCUCCGGGACCAGGCCACGCUCAUGAUGCAGACUUUCGGGGCUUACAGCCUGAGCGGUCCCUACGGUCGGCCUUACGGGCUUCACCCGACUUCUUACCCGGGUCACGGGCACCUUCAGUAUCCCUACAUCCCACCCGUGGGCUCUCUCCUGCCGCCCACGGUGCCCCUGAUCCCGGCCAGCAAGGCGUUCGGCUCCCCGCUCCCCCACCAGCUCAGUGCCAGUCCCAGCCUCAGCCCCGGCCUCCAGCUGCACAUCAGCAGUCUGGGCUCCGCGUCGAUCGUGAAGACGGAGCCGAGCGGGAGAACUUCCUUCAGCAUCGAGAACAUCAUCGGCGUCAGCAACAGUAACGGCGCACAGACACAGACUUUCUCUCGGCCUCCCAUCACCGUGCAGUCCGCGCUGCUCAGCCCGCAGCCGCUCUCCCUAUCCCGCUCCGCGGUGGGCUCGGCGAUCGCCCCCCUCCUCGGGGUCCCCACCAACAUCCUGUCCGGACAGUUCCUACAGUCAGCCGCCUCGGCCGCUGCCAGCAAGUGGGUAGCCCAGUGA